AUGAACGAAAUCGUGGUCACUUCAUUUCUUGGAUUCCUUCUCUGGACCGACGGCCAAGAUUAUUUCCACUACCGAUACCUCUCGAUGGAACCUUCCUACUGGCAAAAACAAAACCAACCCCAUCCCAGUCUCCUCAAGAUACCUAGGUCUUUUUACUACCCUGCUAUCCCCUCUGAAAUUACUCCAGCCUCCUUCCAACUCCCCAACAAAACAUUCAUCAAGCAGUAUAGACCGAUAGACUGGGGUCUGUCGAUUCCGGAGAGCAUGCUUGUGGAGACGGACUUGACGUGGCGCGGACUAUGGACCACAUAGGAAUGUUUGAGAGUAUUUUGGAUAUGUUCACAAGGAUGGUUUGUCUAGUGGUAUGCUCCUCCAACGACACGGGAAGACGCUGGAUACAACAGUCAAAGAUGGUGAUCCCUUCGACGUCUUCUCGAUGGAAUAAAGCUUGAUCUCGAGCGUCUUCAUGGGUUUGGACUUGUGCACGGUGACGUUGACCCACGGAACAUCUUGGUCGACUUUACUCCUACGUCAAUCGUUACCGAUUUUGACUCCCGUUCUCGCUGUGCGUAUAAACGGCAGGGGCACCACGCUUGGAUGGGCGAACCACGCCGAUAUCGCAGAGGGGGGAAACUGGUACGGUUCGAGUAAGAUUGAAUCAUUCGAGGCGGGAAGGAGGAGUCCGAAGUCGACGUCUCCGAUGAGAAGGGGAAAGUGAGUGCCAUUGAU